GACCUCUAUGUUGUAGCUGGUAGAGGAAAUAAAGAGAAGGUGAAGCGACUGAUCCAACAAGGAGUGGAUGUCAACUGCGCCGGCUUUAAUGGAGACACGCCACUUCACUGUGCAGCCACAAGAGGACAUGUUGGUGUUGCAGAACUCCUCCUGAAUGCUAGAGCACGGGUGAACAGUAGGAAUCAGUUUAAAGAGUCGCCACUUCACUGUGCAGCUACAGGAGGACAUGUCGGUGUUGCAGAACUCCUCCUGAAGGCUGGAGCACAGGUGGACAGUAGGGAUCAGGAUGAAAACACACCACUUCACUGUGCAGCUUUAGAAGGACAUCUUGGUUUUGCUGAACUCCUCCUGAAGGCUGGAGCACAGGUGGACAGUAGGAUGCGGCUUUUUGACACGCCACUUCACAAGGCAGCUUCAAGAGGACAUGUUGGUGUUGCUGAACUCCUCCUGAAGGCUGGAGCACAGGCGGACAGCAGGGAUGACGUAAGGGUUGAUGCUUACUACAGAUGA